AUGCAAAGAAUUCUAUCAAGGACAAAUAAAUGGGCAUUCAUUCGAGCUCUAAGCGAUUCGGCAAAUAAACCAGUUGCUAAAAACGCGGACAAACCACGAUUCGCCAUUCGAAAUCUUGAUCCAACAGCUCCCGUGGAAAAAUUAUCGCUUUCAAGGGGUCUAGCGCUGAAUAAAUUCGAAAAAGAUUUUAUGAUUUAUCCGGAAUAUUUGGAUUCAGAUGAUGUUCGAAAUAUUGAAGGUUUCGUCGAUAUCCUACGAAAUUCACUAAAACUUGCAUGCGAUAGUGCAGAAAUCGAAAAAGCCGGCGAGUUGACGCCAGAAGUUCUCGAUGCCAUGAAAAGCAAUGCAAUUUUUGGAUUAUCAAUCGGCAAAGAUUUCAAUGGAGUUGGAAUGAAUAAUAAGGACGUUUCGAAGGUUUUUGAGGAGCUCAGCGUUGAUCUCAACGUGUUCACAACCGCUCAAAUCGCUCUAAUGGUCGCCAAAAUUCUAACAAUUUAUGGGUCCGAUGAGCAAAAAUCCAAAUUUCUUCCGCUUCUCGCUUCAUCGAAAUGCCGUCCGGCUAUCGCGUUCAGCAAAAAUAUUGGAGCAAAAUUAACGAUGGCAAGUGUGGGAAAAUCGAUGAUCACCGGCGAGAAUGUGAGAGUUGUCGGGCAACACAACGCGAAUUUCUUUCUCGUGUUCGCCGACUCGCCAAAUAAGAGCACAAGGCAAAUCGAGCAGACUUCGAAAGACUCCACGUUAGGAUUGAAGGCGGUGGAUGUGGGAAAAAUCACAUUCACCGCGUCGAUUACACCGGAAAAUGUUCUUGGAGAUGCUGGAAAUGGUCCGGAGGUUGGAAGUGAGCUAGUGUGCAGCGGUCGCAUCACAUUCGCCGCCGGCGUCGUCGGAAUCGCGCGUCGAGCGCUUCGAGACCUGUCGAUUUGGUGUAAUCGUGCGCCGAGUCGAAACACGUCGCGUGCGACGCUCGCCGACGAUUUCAGCGCUCAGCGAAUCGUGACGGACGCGGCGCUGAAAGUCUACGCGCUGGAAUCGGCGUUGUAUUAUAUCGCCGGAAUGGUUGAUGAGGGCUUGGCAGUGGUGAUUGACAUCGAAAACGCGCUUCUAUGUAUUCUUUCGAAGGAGGUGAUCCAAUCCAUCAUUUCGGUGCAGCUAGAGCUCAUCGGAAUGGCGGCCAGUGAGCAAGGAUCCCCGCAGGAGAAGCUCAUCCGAGAUGCCACUACUCUUUUAUCAGUGAUGGACGAUGGUGUUGAAGUCGAUCAAAUCGCAUUGGCCACAAUUUCCACAUGGGCGACAUCAUCGUCCCAUAAGCGGAUAACGAGCACGUUGAAGCGUUGGUUGACGAAUGAGAAGGAAGCUGAAGAGCUUCGAAAUCCGGGUUUGACGCAUUAUAUUGCCGAGCACGCUCAUCCGUCAUUGCAGCUUGCGUGCCAGGAGCUCGAAUUCUCAAUGUCUCGCAUCAAUGUGGUGAUUUCGAAACUUCUAAAAUCGCAAGGCAAAAAUGUUGAGCAGGAUUAUGGAACGCAUGAGGCAAUUGUGAAAGUCUUAAAGUGUAUGUUCAGUCUUAUUAGACAUAUGAACACCACAAAAAUCCAUUCCAGUAUCCUUGAAUGGUCGGGUCGGUUGCGUUCGCGACUCCGGGAAUUGCGCGAAGUCCGGCUGUUUGUAUGGCUUCAAUCGACGGCGUUCACUUUGUCGGCAACGGGUGAGAAUCUUCAUCACCUAGCGUAUAUGACGUACUGGCGUGGCCGUGACGUUCGUGUUUAUCGACAACGAAAAGUUCGCCAACUCUACCAUGGGAAGGUAGAUCAAGGGCUUAUUGAUUUGUCCAUGAAAUAUCCAUAA